AUGGCGUGGUCAACAGCCAGCAGCAGAUGGUCAUCCAUCUUGCUGCUCUUCACUUUUUGGCCUAGCAUCGGACAAAGCUAUGCAUUUGACUUGCUCAGUCUUAUUCCGAGAAGCUCAGAUUCAUGUCCUAGUUCCUACAAUCACUGUGGUAGCACGAAGCUCCCAGAUAACUUUUGCUGUCCAUCCGACUCAAGUUGCAUCAGUUUAGACGAUGCCACCUCCGCCAUCUGUUGCCCCGAAGGCAGUGACUGCCAGUAUAUCACUCCCAUUGUAUGUGAUAUACAGCAGCAGAAUGCCACUCUCUACCCCUCAAACCCUAUCAAGACAACCCGUCUAAGCGACAGUCUCCCAAAAUGUGGCGACAAGUGCUGCCCAUUCGGCUACAGCUGUGACGGAAACACCUGUGUCAUGAAAAAGUCUGCCGCAACAACUGCAACCGCAUCUAUAUCCGAAUCCACAACCACAACCACAACUGGAUUCUCAACAUCAACAUCAUUCACCAGCUCAGUGACUCUAGGGGCAACAUUCACCCCAGUAUCAUCUCCGUCGGCCGCAGCCUCCACAAAUACGACAUCAGCAGUCCUAUCCGAAUCGUGUCCCUCAUUCCCAAGCAAAGCCAUAGCAGCAGGCUUCUUUCCAGGAGCAAUCUUCGGUGCUGCAGCCGCCCUCUUAAUAUCCCUCUGCCUCCGACGCCGCGCACGCAAUGCUGAAACCAAAAUGCGGGAAUCAAAAUUCCCAUCACACUGGUCUCAACGCACUUCCACAGGAGCAGUAAUGAGCAUCUCAAGACCAAUAGUCUCAGAAGAUGCCUCGUACCGCACAGACUUUCUCCUCCGUACUCCACCAGAUGCCAAACGCACGUCAGUUGGAGGACGCUCCACCCGGUCUCGAAUGCAUCGCACAGGCAGUAGAGUCAAGAGUCUUUUCCACAACAAUCCCAGACUGGAGAAGGAUGUACCACCCAUUCCUGCGAACCCUGUCACUCCUCCCAGGCAGCGUGAGCCAAGUACGGAGAGUAUCAAGGUCUACUCACCACCUGGAACUUUUGCACAGUCCAGCAAGUUCCUCGGACCUGAGCCGUACCCGGCUACGAUUGCGAGACCUGAUACUACUUUCACGGAUUUAAUUCAGGGUCAUGGCUUCAGUGGGCCACAGGGAGAGCCUUCUUAUCGUAUUCGUGAGGAUUCGAAGGAGAAUCCGUUCAGGGAUCCCCCUCGACGUGUUUGA